AUGCUACUUGAUCCAACUAUAGAAUGUCGAACAAGUGAUAUAAAUAUGAGUCUGGAAAUGCCGGAUUUACAAGUGACGCCUGAACCAAGUGAUGAUGAGGCAUCAGAUCUCAAUACGUCGAACACAUUGCAUCUUAUGGUAGAAGCUGUUAAUAUAAUUCAUCGUGGCAAAGAAAUGAUGGGUCCACCAAAUAAUGAUUCCAAUAGUAUUGGUCAUUCAUACAAUGCACCUUGUCUUAAUAUUUAUAAUGGCAAUUUUCAUUGGAAUGAAGAAGGACAAGCUUAUUCUGCAACUGAAGAACAAACUGUAUGUAGUCCGUACAAUUUAUUAGAACCCGAUGAGUGGAAACUAUAUCCGUACAUUAUUAAUAGUACAAUAACGAAUGACGAAUACUUCGAUAAUGGAAUUGAUAAGCAAUCAAACACUGAUCAUCAUUCUGUCGAUAAUAACAAAAAUGCAUCGCAUAAAGACAUAGGAUCAAAGAACACAUGUGUACAUAUGAAAGUCGAGGAUAAUUUAACAUCAUUGCCGACAGAACAUCGAUCUCUAAUUGAUUUACUCCUUCAGCGCCCUUCAGUGAGAGAUAAAAUAAUGUCAGAAGUUCCCAAACAACCGCUUGAAAAAACACCUUCAUCUGCUGUCAUUACUGAACAAGCAAUAAUUGCUCAUGUAAAUGACCUUCGAGAAUAUGGUCCAAAACAAUAUAAGAAUAGUACAAAUACAUAUAUCCCUAUAAUUCAGGAAGUUGAUAAAACAAGUUGUGUACGUGAUUAUCUUUCAUAUAUUCUUGUUCCAACGGUAUCCAAUUUCAUUGAUGUUGAAUUGAAUAUAAUUUCAACAUUAAAAUGUGAUUCAUGCCAUGGAUUAAAUCUGUUAUACGAAGAGAAACAUUCAACAUUUACUCUUCGAACCUCACAUUGUAGUGGAAAAGCAAUGCCUGAAACAUCAUUAACAAGUUAUUUUACACCAGAUACUGGAGAUUUAAAAACUUGUCAGCUGUGUUCCACACGAUCUAAUAAUCAUACGUGUUCAAGUGAAAUAACAAAACUACCACAAAAUUUAUUUUUUAAUUUUAUAGCUGCUGGUUAUAUUUCUGGUACAUUAGUAGAAACAAAUCAAUUUUAUUUAAAACGAUCAGUUAACAUGGAAAGAUUUCUUUCAACAAAUACUAUUGCCCUUCCAUUAGCAGCAAUGUAUAUUCGUCGUCCAUUAACCGAGAAAACUGAUUUUACCGAUAUAUUAAGACAAAUUAUAAAUAACUUUGAUGAUACGAUUCAACGUAGUGCAACAAGAACAAGUGAUUCAAAAACGGCGUUAGCAAAUGCAUUAAAUGCCAUAUUAAAAGAAACGAAUGUUUUAUCUUGGGUUUUUGCUUUUUCGUACACAUGUUUACAGUGUACUGAAAGGUGGCGUUCUAUUGGUUGUGAGUAUCUUCAGUUUUCAAAUGAAUCAGAUGUUUCAUCCGAUGGAGUUCUAGAUUUAGAAAAUAAACUAGUUCAGAAGUAUUUUGUUCCAAAUCUGCAAUGUCGUAAUUGUCCUGGUAAAAUACACACUAAAAACGAAUGUUACAUAAUCUCUGACAAUCCAAGCCAUUUAUUAGUAAUCCAUAAUACAAGAAAUGCUGGUUUGCGUCGAUUAAUAAGAGAUCAUUUAUCACUAAGAUGUGAAUUAACAUCGACUAUUGUUGAUUAUUAUUUAAAUAUUUUAUUAGUUAUUACUGAAGAUGCACGAACGCUUAUUGUUAAAAAGUGUUCCAACUCCGACUAUUUAUGUUAUAAUCAAUCGUUUAAACGAUUCGAACCAUUAUCAAAUGGUUCGAUUGAAACGUUUCUAGCUGCUGCAACCCAGGUGUUGCUCUGCUAUAAAGCAAACGAAGGAACAGUUGAUACAUAUUCAACACCUGCUGAAAAACAAUUAGACAUUAGUACAUGGAAGUUAUUACCUGAACCAGAUAAGAAAAACAUCAACAUAGUCAGUGGUCAAUUAUCACAAAAAACUGCACAUUAUGUUACUGAUCGGUAUGAUUUAUCAGCAGAUGAUUUAAAAAAUUUAAUUCAACCAAACUAUGAAUUAAAUGAUACAAUCCUAAAUGCACAUUUAUAUCUAACAGCAAAACUCGUCCAAAACACAAUUUUAUUCGAUUCAGUUGGUACACACACAUUCAUUCAACGUGGAUUUGCUGCAAAAGAUUUUAUUCUAUCUCACAAUGAAUGGUUUAAAAAUAAUAUUGUUUUAUUUCCCAUUCAUCAUCAUCAAUCUUGGUUGAUGUAUAUAAUUAAUAUUCAAAGCAAGUUUAUCAUUGAAUUUGAUUCUGCACUGUCAAACACCUUCCCCAAAACAAAAUAUAUACAAUCAAUAUUAAAAUUGUUAGACAUUCAACAUUAUCCAGCAUUCGGACGAAAAAUCGACUUUAACCAAUGA